CUGCGCCAUCGCCUGCUACGUUAGCUCUGUGGCUAGAAGAAAGCUAGCUCGCUGCUCAGGGGGGCGAAUCGCUUGUGCUCCUAAAGGACGACCUAAGUAACAACUAUUUAACAGAUUUUACCGAAAGCAAGACAUUUUACUCGUAAAGGUCGUGUAAAAAUCGCGAGGGGCGAAGGUGAAGGUCGAGACACCAGCCCAAACUGAACCCAGCCCACAGUGUCAAACAUCAGACAGACGACAGCCCUGCACACAAACGCUAUGGAUCGCUCACCCACCACCUCCAGCCUGAUGGCCAGCAGCAACGUCACCAACAAGACCGACCCCCGCUCCCUUAACUCGCGGGUCUUCAUCGGCAACCUCAACACCCUGCUGGUCACCAAGGCGGAUGUAGAGGCCAUCUUCGCCAAAUACGGCAAAAUCGUGGGCUGCUCCAUCCACAAGGGCUACGCCUUCGUUCAGUUCGCCAAUGAGAGGAACGCCCGAUCCGCCGUCGCCGGGGAGGACGGGCGGAUGAUUGUCGGACAAGUACUCGACAUCAACCUGGCUGGAGAACCCAAACCACACCGGUCAAAAACAACCAAACGCUCAGCUGGAGACAUGUACAGCAGUUCCUCAUUCGACCUCGACUAUGACUUUCAGAGAGAUUAUUACAACAGAAUGUACUCGUACCCGUCCCGCGUCCCCGCUCCCCCUCCCCCCUUGUCGCGGGCCGUGAUCCCGUCCAAGCGCCCGCGGGUCAGCCUCAGCAGUGGAGGAAGCAGCCGACGAACCAAGAGCAGCUUCUCCUCUUCAUCCAAGAGCAGUCAGAGGACUUCCUCGUCCAGAACAAUGAAAGUGGAUGAGCUGCAGACCAUCAAGCGGGAAUUGUCUCAAAUUAAAAGCAAAGUGGACGACCUGCUGGAGAGCCUGGAGCACAUGGAGAAGGACCACAGCAAGAAGUCAGAAGCAAAGAAAACAGAACCGGGUGAGGUCACUUCACCUCCGCACACAAGCAACAAGAAGGACGACGGGAUAAAGAGGGAGAGGGAAAGCCAGGAGCUGAACGACUCAGAUGAGGACGACGACGACGAAGACGAAGAGGAGGGAGACCUGCUGGAGGAGGAAGAGGUGAAGAGUCAAGAGAGGGAGGACGACGACGAAGAAGAGGAGGAGGAGGAAGGUGAGCACGUGGAAGGCGACGACGAUGCUGACAGUGUGAACGGCGAAGAGGACUCGUAGGCGCGGAUCACACAGACGCAUGCAGCGUACAUACAGCUUCCAGUAGGAACUCGGACUCCUGUUUUAACACUCAUUAUGUAGAUACAAAAAGCAAACACGUGCACACACACAAGCAUGGUGCACACACACACACACACACACACUCUGUUGUUCCAUUGUUCCUCCAGCCGUUCUUUUUGUUUGUUUUUUGUUUUUUGUUUUUUUUGUUUUGGGGUUUUUGUUUUUUUUUUUUUUUGGCCAGUUGUCCAGUAUCACUGUAAAAGGAAUAACUAGCUGUAGGUUUCAGUUUGUGUUUUUACUGCGUCGUUACUUGUCUUCAGGAGAAAGAAGGCGGAAACAUGGACUGUUAAUGUUCUCAGAGACGACAGCUCGACGGACAUGUCUUAAACGCGAGGACGGAAAUUCAACUACAAAAGAUAGAGUAUGUGUUUUUAGGUUUAGACGUGUUUGUUUUCCUCAUUGGUAAGUUUGUUUGACCUUGUGUGUCUGUAUGUUAAUGUCAGUUUUUUAUACUAUUCAGUUUAAGUUUGACUGUAAAGGAAUAAAUUGCAAUAAAAUAUUAAAAUUGGA